AACUUGUAACAGAGCGGUUGCUUACAUACAGUUACUACACUUGAUUUGCUUGUUGCUCGCACUUGCUCAACCGAUACAAGGAUGCAGUCGCUCCGUGUUACCCCCAAGGCCCCUCGCGCCUUCACCAGCAGCGGCCGUCGCUCGGCUGUCAAGUGCCAGGCGUCCAUUGUGGAGAAGGCCAAGGCCACUGCUGCCGCUGUGAUCCUGUCCGCGGGCCUGGCCGUGGCCCCCGCCUUUGCCAGCGUGGACCUGUCGCUGGCGAACGGCGCCACCGUGUCCUCGCCCGUGCACAUUGACUUUACCGUGUCGGGCCUGACCGUCAAGCCCGCUGCUGAGGGCCUGCAGGAGGGCACCGGCCACCACCACCUGCUGGUGGACGUGGCGGCGCCCGCGGCCGGCGAGGCCAUUCCCUUCGACGACGCGCACAAGCACUUUGGCAAGGGCCAGACCGGCGUGGACCUGGAGCUGGCGCCCGGCAAGCACACACUGACCCUGCAGUUCGCCAACGCUCUGCACGAGUCGUACGGCCCUGCCUAUGCCAAGACCAUCACCGUGAACGUCAAGUAGUUUAACACGGCGCAAGGAGCUGUGUUCCAUGGUUCACAACGGACUGGCGGCCACGCUGUGGGACGCCCUGUGAUCCGGGUCUACUCGGCGUGCUGGUUAAUGUGAUAUUUCAGACGCGUCACUGCGUCAGGCGUGCGUUGUAGGCGGUUGUGGUCCUGUGCCGUGGUAGGCAUGGACGGCGGGCGGUGAAUACCUGUGAACAUUCCGGAUUUAGAACGCAGUGAGGUGAGGGUGCAACAGGGUGCGACAGGUUCCUUGGGCCAGUUACGCAAUUGUAUUUAUGGUGAUUGAGGAUGUGUCAAUGCCUGCUUGAGGCAUUUCUGGUGCACACUAUGUAAUGUUUGAGGGAGUACCCCUGAAUUCGUGGCUGUAGCUAAGGUCAGGGUACCCCUGGCUCAGGUGGUGCGGGGCGGGGCGCUGGGCGACGGGGGAGGGGCAGCCUUGGCACUCGUCCAAUCGUCGCAUAGAAACACGCGCAAGCACAAUACGAGAGUAUUGUUGACGUGAUGUGAGUUAGGGCGGACGCGGCACCGAGCGCCACUUGAAAGCAUCCAGCGACUGAUGCUG